AUGCCUUCUACUUCUUUUUUUCAAAAUGAUGAUUCAUUACAACUUCCAGCAACAGCAUAUUUUACAACGAUCAACGAUGAUGUACAUCACAAUCCUAUUAUUAAAUCACCAAAUAUUAUCCAAGAACCGUCCAUAAAUGAUUAUAUAAAAUUUAAUAAAAAUUUAACAUUCUCACAUCAUCCAUACUUAUAUAAAUUCCAGCAAGGACCACUUGGAGAACAAGAUAGUUAUUUGAUAGGAAUAUUAAAUUUUAAAUUAUCGUCAUUGUUAAAAGCGAAAACGACGACAAAAGAAAACAUCAUUAACGGUGUUUAUUUAAAAUUUAAAGGGCGAGAAAAGGUUAAGUGGGUUGUCAGGAAUGGGCCGAGAAGUAAGAGAGGUAACGGUGUGGAACAUAAUUUAUGUGAGAUUGUAUAUAAAAUUUGGGAGUCGUCGAGUAAUGAGAACACUAGUUUGAUGGAAUCAUUUUCUCAAACUUGUGGUCAAGAUCUAGUCAAAGGAACCAACGAGACCAAUGAUGUGAUGAGGAUCCCUUUUAAAGUCAAAUUACCGUAUAAUUUACCCGAUAGCAUUAAGACAGAAUUCGGAAGCGUCGAAUAUACUCUAAAAGCCAUGAUAACUACUACGAUUAAUGUUGGAAAUGGGAUUUCGAAAACCAACGGAACUUUCUUAUCUACGAUUUUCAAACAACGAUUCAUUAGCGAAAUUAAAAUUCCGCUUAAACACACAUUAAUUUUAAAUCACGACAAUAAUCCGCCAUACGUCAUUCACGGGGAAAAUAUCUUUAGCCUUUACAAUAAUAAUUCUUCUUAUUACGACUCGGAGAGUAGGAUUGCUACCGCCACCGUGCCUCCAGUGUUGAAUUGUACGUUGGUAUUACCGCCCAAUAAGAAUAUCAAUAUUGGAAUAUACAUUUCAAUUCCAAUUCGAAUUAGGAUAUUAGAACCGGGAAUAAGUUUGGAAAGGGUUGAAAUAUUGUUGAAAUCAUCAAAAGAUUUUAGAACGAAAAGUGAAUCCAAACAUGUCGAAGAAAUUUCUAGCAAAAUCAUUAUACCACGAAAAAACAUUAACUUCAUAAAUUCAAGAAAUAAGAAUCCUUUCGCGGUAAAAUCUAAUAGAGUUGAUGGUGAAUGCAUUCAAAACAUAAAUUUUUAUAUCCCAACGUUUACAUUACCCACAUAUAAUGGUCGUUAUAUUACCGUCUCUCAUCAAUUAUUAUUAAAAUGUGGUUUGUCAUAUACAAAUCACAAGGGUAUCGUUAGUAAGUUGAAUGAUUUCGUCAUUGAGGAACAUAUUAAUAUUUAUAAUAUACAUAAAAAUUUUGACAUGCCAUUGCCAAACGUUCCUUUGCCUCCUAAAUUCUUUAAUCCAAAACAAUUUAUUACUACAAAACUUACUAGCAUUGAUAGUUUACAUGUGAUUCCUACAUGUAAUUUUAAUAGUAAUGAGAGUAAAGGCAGUAUUCUUCAAAGUAGAAGUGAUAGUAGUGAUAGUAGUGAUAGCAGUAAUGAUGGUAUUGAUUCAUUGUAUUAUUCUUCUUGUCCAACUUCUUCUUUAUUUUCUUUACAUUCAAUUAAUUCCACCUCAAGUUUAUUUUCUACUCGUAAAUAA